CAUAUCCAAAUUAACGAUAACAAAGGUAAAAAAAUGCCCCAGCCAGAGCUGCUUUCUUUUAAAUCCAACACCAAUACUUCACCGCCGCCGCCGUGGGAGGUUAUUGUUCUUGUUGCUCACCACCUUGACCCCAAAGCUCUAGCAAGAGCCUCAUGUGUUUCCAAGUCAUGGUACAUUUCCAUGUCUACAGAUCAUAUUUGGCAACCUCUAUGCGCUACCCAUUACCCUUCUCUUUCUCAACUCAAAUUCGCUGAUCCUUCCAUCUCCUAUCGCCGCCUAUACGCCAUGGCUUCUAUUGCAGCCAGUCGCCGUGUGAAAAAACCUAAUAAACCCCAAAUUUCCCUAGAAAAUCUCAUAUUUGUCAUAAAUUUAAGCACAAAGAAUCAUCUUCAUCUUCAUUCCACUGUCAGCAUUGCAAAGCCGGGUGUUGAACUUGAUAUCCGGCAAGAGGUGUUUAGGUUUGAUAUUGACGUAUGUUACAAGAAUAAAUACGAGGUAUUAGAAGAUAUGAAAAUUUCUUGGAAUUUGAUAUUGAAGGGAUGGAGCAGGGUCUUUACUAUGAUGGAUUGUGAAGGGAAAGUGAGAUUUGGUUUGGGCGUUGAUGGAUGGUUUUCAGAGGAGCUUCCAUCUCCCGGGUGUUGCUCCGGUGGCUAUUCAAGUGGGUUGGUGGCAGACUUGAAGUUAGGGUUUUGUGGAGGUGGGAAGAGGGAAGUUAGAGUUGAUAAGGUGAGUGUGGGUAUUUUGAAUAUAGUUAACUGGAGAUAUGUUAGUAUCGAUGAUGGUCUUAGGUAUUUGCAACAUUUUCUUGUAACAUAAAUACAAUAGCAGUUAAGUCUUAAUAUUGCAACUCUCUUCUUUAUCCAUCUGGGACUGUUUAUUCUUCUUUUGCUAAAAUUACAGUCGCGGAUUUUUUGUAACAAUUAAGUCUUAAAACCCUAGAGCCUAACUUCACUAAAGGAGAUGUGUUCUCUAUCAUCCGGCCGUUAGAAAGAGAAACGGGGAAAAACAAAAAGGAAGAGGUUCCAUCUUCUCUUCGACUGCCCUUGGAGCCCAGACGAUUUGAAGCGAGUCCUUAUCAAGAACCGUCGCUGUUAUUUCCUUUGUAACAGAGCUUGACAACAUCCGUUCUGAUUUUUGUUGAAGCCUUAAAUCUUUUGAAUCAGAGGAGGUAGAUGUGAAGUUGUACAAUGAGAAGCCAAUAUCAAGAUGAUGAGAUGGGUGAUACUGAUGGAGAAGAGUUUGAAUCAGAGGAGGAAGAUGUGAAGUUGUCUGAACCUUCAAAGAAUGCCAUAUCCAACAGAGAUGGUCUCAAUGAUAAACUUCAAGAUAUUAGCUGGUCAGAGAAUGUGGGGUGGAUACACAAGCUUUCCAUUGACAUUGAUAAAGAGCAAGAUGUGGAUGUGAAUGAUGACCUGGCAUGAGAGCUAUAUUUGUAAAAUUUCUAUUUCAUGUUCAAUGAAACUUUUUGUUGUUGGUUAAAUGCAAAGUAUGAACAAGAUCACACUUUUUCCUCCAAAAUUUUCAAUUAUAAAGACUUA